CUGCAGCAAACUCGCCACAGAUCCUCUCCCUCUCCGACCCUAAAAAAUAGGAUUGUAAGUAUCUAAUUACGUCCAUCGUUUUUGCCAAAAGAAUUGCAGAGAUCCUCGUUGCAUGCAAGACCGAGUCAAUUGGUCCCCCCGUUUUCCACCUCACAUGUCAACCAGAAGAAAGAAAGAGAAGAAGCAAAACAACAGCAGGAACCAGCGAAGCCAAGCUACGAUCGUGACAAAAGGCAGCCUCUUGAACGUCUCUCUCUUUUGCUGCAAUUUCCUCCAGAUCAAGCAUUGAGAUUCCAGCUCCCGUGGUGCUUUUCGAAAAACAGAUAAAAGAACAAAGGACUUGUACAUUGGUCUUCAACUAGCCAUUUGAGGAGGAUUUGCACAUGUCACAACAGCAGUUUUUAUGAACUUUCGGUCCUCUUGUUUUGUUGGUUCUUUGGGCAGUGUAGAUUUUACUUUCUGUGAUACAUGGUUUCAUACGAAUCAAAUCUCUUGCAGAAGUUUUACAGGAUCUAAGAUUAAGUUCUUUUAAACAUAUAAAGAUGUGAAUUUUCGUGCGCAUUUCGAGUUCUUGUUGUAAUUUUGGCGCUUUCAUAUGAUCCUGGGUUCAAUAUGCUCUAAUUUUUCCGAAAAAGCUGGAGAGAGCAAAGUUUCUUGAUCGACACAAGAAUGGUAGAUGCGUCUCCAGAGAAAAGAUCGGGCUGCAGCUUGCUUAAUGUGGUCUUUGGGCGAAGCACGUUUUGGCUCAGGAGGAGCACGUCGACCGGGUCCAUCCCCACGCCGAAUAGCAGCAGCAACAACAGUGUCAAGACCCCCAGCACUCCCAAUUCUCAAAGGCGGCGAGGCAGCUCUGACGAGGCCGCAUUCCUCGACUCGUGUAACAAUGGAUCGGAAGGGCAUCCGAGACCCAUCUCGAGACCUUCCCCUAAGACCCAUGGAAUGUGUCCUCAAAGUCAAAUCCACCCUGGAAAUAGAGUUCCGGGCGGGCCCGCCGCGAACGUGCCGCCCAACCAAGGUCAUGUAAACCAAGGCAGGAGAGUCCCCAAAGAAGCGAUCGGGAUAUCUGGCGAGCUGGAGAGCAUGAUAGCUGAUCACCAGAAAUCAAGAGGAAGUAGCGGUCUUGUCCGGGCCUCGUCGAGCAAUGUCAUGCUCUUUGGCAAUCUGGGCAAUUUGAGGCAACCUGGAACAAGUAAUGCUAGCCCAAAUGAUAACAUGUUCAACUGUCUUCCUAGACCUACUGCUAGAGAGGAAGCCUCGGUGCCCACUGGAAGACCUUUGCCGGCAAAAACCUCUAGCAAAGCACCACCAUCUUCCUUGUGCCGUGCGCUUUCGACGAGAAUGGACCCUGAGACGCUGAAAAUCCUGGGCAACGAAGAUUACAAGAACGGGAGAUUUGCAGAAGCAUUGGCUCUGUAUGAUGCAGCGAUCUCAAUCGAUCCGGAUAAGGCUUCAUACAGGAGCAACAAGAGUGCGGCUUUGACCGCAUUGGGGAGGCUUCUUGAAGCCAUCAUCGAGUGUAGAGAAGCCAUUCGAAUCGAGCCUCAUUAUCAUAGAGCUCACAAUCGUGCGGCGACGCUAUAUCUCAGGCUAGGAGAGGCAGAAAAGGCAAUGUAUCACUACAAACACGCGGGACCUGAAGCCGAUCCUGAGGUCAUUGCCAAAGCAAGAGUUGUUCAAACCCAUCUAAACAAAUGCACAGAGGCUCAGAAGCUACGAGACUGGAACAACUUGAUCAAAGAAAGCGGGCGAGCCAUAUCUGCCGGUGCCGAUUCGGCUCCGCAGAUCUUCGCAUUGCAAGCGGAGGCGUUCUUGAAGCUGAACCGGCAUCAGGAGGCAGACGAAGUGUUGAUCAACGGUCCAAACUUCGAAGUCGAUGCUUGCACGAAAUUCCUUGGGCCCAUCGGCAGCUCACAUUUGUUGAUGAUCAGAGCUCAGGUUGACAUGGCCGCAGGCAGAUUCGAUGAUGCCUUGGAGGCAGCUCAACGUGCGGUUCGACUUGAUUCAAACAACAAGGAGGCGAACAUGGUGAUGAUGAGGGCUCGAGCGGUAGCCGCAGCUCGAUCAAGGGGCAACGAGCUGUUCAAGGCCUCGAGGUUCAUGGAGGCUUGUUCAGCAUAUGCAGGGGGACUUGAGCAUGACGCUUACAACUCGGUCUUAUUGUGCAAUCGAGCUGCUUGCUGGUCCAAGCUAGGCCAGCUCGAGAAAGCGAUUGAGGAUUGUACAGCUGCUCUCAACGUACGACCAUCUUACAGCAAAGCAAGACUCAGAAGAGCCGAUUGCCAUGCGAAGCUAGGAAAUUGGGAGGCUUCGAUAAGAGACUACGAGGUUUUGAAUAGAGAGACACCCGAUGAUGAAGAGGUGAGCCGUGUGCUAUCAGAAGCCCGAUCGCAACUCAACAGACAACGUGGUGACGCUGAUUGAUGCUACACAAGUUGCAAUUAGACAUGCCCGAACCAGGUUCUACUUACUUGGUUUUGCUUUUUAGUUGAAAUGAUACUUUAUUUCAGAUCAAAAGUGCACUCAUUUG